GUGGUCUCAUAGCUUCCCUACUUGUCCUGGCUGCAAGCAGAUCUGACGAUGGACAACCUUGGACAUAGAGAAAAUGGGAGGCAAAGGGUAGACCCAUAUAAAGGACUUCAUACCCAGUGGAUGAUGCCCCAAAGGCAAAUAAGGGAUCACCACAGUAUGAACCUCCUGGCACUAAUGACUGAGAGAGACAAUGCCAUUAUGCAAAGAGACCAUGCUCUGGCUGAGAAGAAAGCUGCCAUGGCUGAGAGAGACAUGGCAUUUGCGCAGCGGGACUCUGCAAUGGCUGAACGGAAUGCUGCAAUCAUCGAACGAGACAACGCCCUUGCUGCGCUUGAACUAGCCCGUGCAAAUGGAUUUAAUGUGAAUAACGGGAGCGGAUUCAACACAGAAUCUCUCAGUGGAACGAAGAACUUCCAACACCAUGACCAGCAUUCCCAUGAUCAAUCAUCACCACUGCAACUGGCAGAUUCUCCAUAUGAUCAUGCGAGGGAAAUGCACAUAUCAGAUGCAUACCCUAUCUCAACAGCCCCAGGGAGUGCUGGAAAGGCAAAGAAGCCCAACAAAAAUAGUUCCCAAGCAUCUCCAUUGAAGAGGCCAUCAGGUGUGCUCCGGAAAACCAAGAAAGCCACUGGUGACUGGCGAGAUGUCGGAAUGCCCAGUGUCGGUGAGGAUCCAGCUCGCGUUUCUGUGAUGAAGAACGAGUGGAAGGACCAGGACCUUGGUCUUAACCAGGUUGCAUUUGACGAGUCAUCCAUGCCCGCACCUGCCUGCUCGUGCACAGGAAACCUACGACAGUGCUACAAGUGGGGCAAUGGUGGGUGGCAGUCGUCCUGCUGCACCAUGAGCAUGUCCAUGUACCCGCUCCCGGUGAUGCCCAACAGGCGCCACGCUCGCAUGGGGGGAAGAAAGAUGAGCGGCAGCGCAUUCACAAAACUUCUCAGCCGGUUAGCAGCUGAAGGCCACGAUCUCUCGACAUCGGUGGACCUCAAGGACCACUGGGCCAAGCAUGGCACGAACCGGUACAUCACCAUCAGGUAGCUCCGGCGCUCCUAUUGAUGAACGGCCAUGAGUGCAUGAUUCAAGCUGUAAAGGGUGGAGAUCAGGCAAGGGUUGCUUCUCUUGCAUCCCCUAAAGUCUACUUACUGGGAGGCAGGGAUGUGAUUGGGUAUUUUGGGAUUUAGGUAGAAUUUUGUGUUUUUGGGGUGCUUUAGGUCCUCACUUUCUGAACCCCGAACUGCUGCUGUGUCACUGCCUCACUGGACCAUGGAAAUGUAAUUGUAGCAACUCGAGGUAUUCGUUGUCCGAUCAUUGUAUAGUCUGACUACUAAAAUGACUAGUACUGUUAGUCUUCUGGUCAGAGGGUUCCUGGCUUUUGUCAA